AUGUGCUGUGGGCAGCAGGAAAACUCUUCUGAGUGGCGUGUUAAGAGGAACACAACGUGCACCUCAUCUUUGAAUGGAAUAAAGGAAUCUCAGUGCUUCAUCAGUGACCUUUACCCUUCAGAUAGUGGAGUUUACUGGUGUGAGUCUGGAGCAGGAGAGUGCUUCGAUGCCAGCAGCAUCACAGUGGCAGCUGGUUCUGUGAUCCUGGAGAGUCCCGUUCAUCCUGUGAUGGAGGGAGAUACUGUGACUCUGCACUGCAGAAACAGGGUGACGUGCUCCAACAGUUUCAUCACUAACUUCUAUAAAAAUGAACGUCUCAUUGGGACCAGCUCUACAGGGAACAUGACCAUCCACAGAGUUUCUAAAUUAGAUCAAGGACUCUACAAGUGCAGCAUUCCUGAAGCUGGAGAAUCGCCGGACAGCCUGCUAUCCAUCCACAGACCUACUUUUACUAUCGCAGCUGUAUAUUGGCAUUACACCUGGGGCUGCUGUGUCUUUGUUGGGUGUGCGUGCUCUUGA